AUGCCUCGUGGUCAAAAUAGUAAGCUCCGUGCUCGUGAGAAACGCCGCCAUAACAGAGCUCAGACCCAAGGUCUUAAGGAUACCCAGGCAGCUCCUGCAGUGAAAGAAGAGGCCGCUUCAUCCUCCUCUCCUGCUUGUGGGGAUGGGCCCUCCACCUCCGCUGUGGAUGGCACUGUCCCGGCGCCUCCGAGUGUCCCAGCCACCACCAGUGCUGCUGCAGGUCUUUCCUGCAAAAGGUCUGAUGGACGUGCCAGGAACCACGUUAAGAAAAGUAAGAAUUCCUCCCAGGCCUCUACUUCCUCUGAGAGCUCUGGCCAAGAUCUUCUAGAUAAGAAAGCAAGUAUAUUGGUUCAGUUCCUGCUGAAUAAAUAUAAAAUGAAUGAGCUCAUGAAAAAGGCAGACAUGCUGAAGGUUAUCCACAAAAGGUACAGGAAGGAAUUCCCUGAGAUCCUGGGGAAAGCCUCUGAGAAAUUGGAUCUGGUCUUUGGCUUAGAAGUGAAGGAAGUCAAGCCCAACAGUCAGUCCUAUACCCUGGUCUGCAACACAGAUGAUAACGGUGGAGGGAGUCUGAGCAGUGCCUGGCGAUUUCCUACAAAAGGAAUUCUGAUGCCUCUCCUAGGGGUGAUCUUCUUGAAUGGCAACCGUGCCUCUAAGGAGGAAGUGUGGGAAUUCCUGAAUUUUUUGGGCAUCUAUGACGGAAAGAGGCACUUCAUCUUUGGGGAGCCCAGGAAGCUCAUAGAAGAUUUGGUGAAGGAAAAGUACCUGGAGUGCCGGCAGGUGCCCAACAGUGAUCCUCCAUCCUUUGAAUUCCUCUGGGGUUCAAGAGCCUAUGCUGAGACCACUAAGAUGAGAGUGCUGGAGUUUUUUUCCAAGAUCAAUGGUACCGCCCCCAGUGACUUCCCAUCCCACUAUGAAGAGGCUUUCAGAGACGAAGAAGAAAGAGCCCGGGCUGUUUCUCCAACCAAGGCUAGCAAAACUUCCAAGGCUAGUGCGCAUUCCAAGUCCACACCCAGCCGCAGCUCUCACCCUGAGUGA